AUGAAGGCCUCCAUUAUCUCCAUUAUUUCCCUUGCUGUCGCUGUUGCAGCCUUGCCCCCGUCAGAGGUCAACCACAAAAGGGGCGAGAUCGUCUCUAUCGCGAAGGCUGGUGACCAGUGCCAGGAAGGAACGGUUUCUUGCUGUACUCCUGACGGCAACGAUGAAGACCCUUCUUCAUUCCUGUCCCUUCUCAAGAAAUUCAAGCUUCUUGACUUGAAUGUCGUGUGCUCUCCCGUCGAGGUUCUCAGUCACAUCAACAUCGAUAUCCUUGGCAAGGUUGAUGAGAAGAACGAAAACGUUCAAUGCAACCAUAGCCUUGCUUGCUGCACUGGCACUCAAUGCAAUGCCAUUUCCGCCAAGUAA